AUGUCUCAACAUGUAUCAAACGAUGUUUCUACGUUUUCUAUUAGUCGUGGAAACAAUGAUUUAAGCCGUUCCAGUUUUCAAGAACUGAUGCAAAUGGAGAAAGAUGAUCCAGAGAUGAACAAUGAUGUCGUGUUUUUGGGACCAAAUGUCAUUCUUGAACUUGGAGAUGAAUUUGAAUCAUUCGCAAAUUUAUUCAUUACAAAAAGGGACGAUUUAUUCUCCAGUGAUGGAUUGUUGACAAGCUUCUAUAAAUUUUGUGAAGAAAAAUAUAUAAAAGCUUGCAAAGAAGAAGAUGAGGAAUUGAUCAGUCAUUGGGGUUUGGAACUACGAACUUGGGAUUUGAUACAGAGACUCUAUUCGUUUCGAAAGUCAAAGCGAGACGAAACUAUUUCUUCUCACAUGUUUUCUUCAAUAGCUGUUUUGGAAGAAGAGUUCUACUCCAAGAACCCCGCUGCAUUCGAAAAUCAUUUGGUAUUCAAUUGGUUACGUGACAGUCCUGUAGAAGAGCCUGACAUUGAAAUCCGUGGUAAUCGUUGGUUUUAUACUCGUGAAAAUAUUAAGAAAAAUACACGAACAAAUUCCAAAUUCUCUAUCGAAAAGAAAGAUGAGUCAAAUGUUCCAAAUUUGGAUCCAGAUGCUGACAUUCGUGAUGAGCGACGCCUUGACGAAAGAGACGACAGCUAUGAUCGUCAAUUUAUUCGCGUUGCCUUCUCGCUUUAUCGGGCUGGGGAUUUUGAAGGACUUUUGGAUUUGUGUAGAAAAAGCGGAAAUUUCUGGCGCUCGGCUUCCUUACAAGGUGCUUUCGAAUAUCGUAACAGUGUAAUAGAUGAUGCUCUGCAAUCCGAAACAUUAGGUAAUAAAAGGAAAGAGCUUUGGAGACGUACAUGCUUCGCUUUAACAAAAAAUAAGCGUACCGACGCUUAUGAACGUGCUCUGUAUGGCGCUCUCUGUGGUGAUUUAGAAUCCGUUCUGAAUGUUUGCACAUCAUGGGAGGACGCUCUAUGGGCAUAUUAUAACAGCAUGAAUCAGUAUCAUUUAGACGUGUAUCUUUCCGAUAAAGUUCCCCAACCAGAUACUCACCUCCCACCUAUUGAUAGCGGAAUAGGUUUAAGCCCAGAAAGUAUUUUUGAAGCUUUGGAUCAAUAUCCAUCAGAAGAAAUCCGAAAAUCAGCGGCUCAUCCUCUAAGGCGACUACAGGCGUAUACUAUUUUGAACCAAACUGAUAGACUAUAUACAUUGGCUCACGAACAGCUAGAGGCUGUGCGAGCUGGAAACGUAGAAGGCAUUUUGGAAUUUACUAGCCCCUCUAGUCUUCGAAUUCUGGUUCAUCAGCUUCUUUUUCUGCAAGUUGCUGGCAUUCAUGUCGACGCUUACAUUUCCGAUUCUAUAAUCCAAUCUUAUAUUGAGCUGCUAGCCAGUGCAAAAAAGAAUUCCUUGGUUCCCCUGUACAUUCCUUUCCUUUCCGAUCAUGUUCAGUAUGAAACCUACGCUCGCUUUUUGAGUUUUAUAGGAGAUGAGAGGUCGCGUCUUGAGCAGCUUAAACUCGCGAAAAAGUAUAAGUUAGACAUCGAUAGAGCAGCUUUAAUGAGUGUUUCACUUGCUUACAACGAAUUCGCUACCGGUGUUGAACAAUUACGUGAAAUUGAUUUGAAAUCACUAGAAGAUCCGGUACCAUUGGUUUAUACGAAGUUUAUAUCCACCCUAGAAUGGUUGAUAGUAACAUGCCAAUCCGACGAUUUGUUAAUUUACGCGAAUUACGCUUUCCGAUUUUUUUUGUCUAGGGGAGAAUUGAAUUCUGCAUAUUUAUUGUACACACGCCUUCCAGCAGAAACUCUCGACGUUUUAGCCUCAGGUGAAAUAUCUGCUGAUAAAGAUUCAAAAGUUCGAACAGCCUAUGAAUUCAUGAAUUAUCGCGCACUGUGCCGAGCCUUUCAAGUGCAUGAAGAAUGGAAAAAAUUAAUGAAUGAACCAAUUUUGAAUGAUACCUCUAUGACAAAAGCUAGUGGUGCAUACAAAGAAUGGAAAAAGUCUCUUACACUUACUUCACGCAGAUGUAUAAAACUAUUUAAUGAGCUUCUUCAAGCGAGAUUCCUUCAUCCAUCGACUAUGGAGAUAAAUGAAGACGAGGAAAAAGAACUUUCUAAUGAAUUGUAUCGCAUUCGGAACAUAUAUAUCCCUGAAAUUAUCUUAAAUCUUCACAAUGUCUAUUUUCAUAAUGAAGAUUAUAAUGGUUGCUUUGCUCUCGCAAAUGAGGUUGCGGGAGAGGAUUUAAAGCUCUAUCACUGUCUUCUUGAAAGUGGAAGAAUUGAAGAGUAUGCAGCUGGUUUGGGUAUUGUAGGAGAAUACAGUCUUACUUCUCCUGAGGGAAUUUUCAGCAUUUAA